CUUCACUUUCGGUGCAAAAUUGAAUAAUUUUGUCUUGUGCAAUGAUAUGAUGCGUUAUGCACUUAUGUAAAGUUAAUAGCAAUGAAUCUCAUAAUAAAAUGCUCAAGAAAUCCACUGUACACAACUGUGACUCUGCAAAAGGAUCUAUUACAGACGUUGCUCCUUUGGAACAUCUUUUUGUAACUAAAUUUUCAAAACUGACUAUUGAUGAUGAAUAUAAGUAUAAUCUAGCUUAUUUAGUCACCGAAAAUAAUGGAACAACUCCAGUUGUAAAACGCUCUGAGACUGAAAAGCGGCGAUCAGUCACACCUAAUACAAAACCUCUUAACCGCAUCCACGUUGAUUCUGUUCAACGUAAAUCUGAGCCAGUUAUUCAUACAGACCACAGAGGUUUUCACCGAUUAUCUAAAUACAAAAGACAAAAACCCUUGCGCGGGAACGUUUCGGCUCGUCGCAGUUCCCCUGUUUAUGUUAGUAGUCCUGAAUCGUAUGAACAUAUGUCAUCAGACCAUGAUGAUCGAGGGGAAUGCGAGUACGGUUUAUUCGCAAAAAGUCUGUCAAAAGUACAUGAUAAUAGUAAAAAUAACCAAAGUCAUUUCCCUGAACACAAGAAAGCUCUUAUGCUAAAUAAUGCUCCUGUAGAUCCCACUUCCAAGUUAGAUUGUUUUGCUCUUAACUGCCCAGCAAGUUUGAAAACUGUCGCUCCCAUAUGUGAAUUAAAGAACAAUUUAAAAGUCCAGAAGCCAAAUCCAAACACAAAUAACAUUGUGCCACGUCGUGAAACUUUCCGAACAAUGGACAAAACACUUCGGCAAACAAACGGUCGUCUGGAAUCCAUGAAAAUAGAAGUAAAUGCCCCAGAUCCUUCGAUGAGGGAUGAUUUUUGCUCUCAUGAUGUUGCGUCCAGAGUGAAGGCAUUCAAGGCACUCAUGAAAUCAGAAGAAUUAGAAGGAACUGAUCAGAAUAGUGAAACAAAGUCAAUUAGAAAAGUCACAGAUGAACGGAAAAUAUCUGAUGUAUCAUAUCAGGAAAAUCAUAUUGGUCUUCGUCGGUCCAAAACGUUUUCUGGUGAACAGAUGUCAAGAAGAUAUCAAGAUUUUUCAUUGAGACGAUUGUUUUAUGCACAUUUAUUUAUUCCAUGGAUUGAUCACGGUAAACAUUAUUUGCAAUAUAUGGAUUUAUGCUUUGAUUGUGGAAAACGUAUUUAUCCUGUAGAUCGUAUAUCUACCGGUGAACGAGUUUAUCAUAAGGCAUGUUUUCGUUGUGCAACAUGUCAAAGAACAUUAUUAGUUGGGAAUUUCGCAUCAUUAGAUGGAGUGAUAUUUUGUAAGCCACAUUAUAUAGAACAAUUUCAUAUGAGUGCAGGUCGUUAUGAAUAUCGUCAAAGUCUUAAUCAAUCUGCACCAUUGUCGUCAGUCUUUCGUGUACAAGGAGAAUAUUAAGAUCAUUGUAAUUGUUUUUACAUUGUCAACUUCUACUACAUUUAUCUAACUAGAAUUUUUUUCUCUCAAUGAAACAAAAAGAUGAUUCGAAAAAAAAUGCAUCACUUUCUUUGACAACAAGAACAAGAUAACAUUGGAUUACAACAUUGUUUGUAUACUAACUACAUUGCACAAUUACAAAUCAUUAACGAAUGGAUUACUUGAAGUUCUUUUGAUUGAAAUGAUAACUUUAUAAAAAUGUUUCAACAAUCUUUACUUUGAUUCAUUUCUGAAACUUCAAACAUCAGGAAUUUUGCGAUAUAUUGAUGAUAGAUGAUCCUAUGUUCCCCUUAUUUCUGAAUUUGUGUACGUAUAUCAUUUCCUUUAUUUAUUUGUUGUUAACUAUUUGUAAUUUUUUUUAUAGAAAGAGUAAUAUCACUAGAUGACC